CACAUUACUUCCUCAAACCCAAAGAAGCCUAAGUAGUUGAGGAAAAAACACCAUGGAAGCCCUUAGGAAUGUUACGAGGGCUAUUGCUCUUAGCCUUUUUAUGCUUCUCAUGGCAUCUUCAGUGUCAUUAGCAGAUCCCCAAACUCAUUACCAUGAAUUUGUUUUACAAGCAACACCAGUGAAGAGGCUGUGCAGUACACAAAAUGCUAUCACUGUGAAUGGGAUGUUUCCAGGGCCAACUGUGGAAGUGAACAACGGAGACACUUUGGUCGUUAAAGUGAUCAACAAAUGCCAAUAUAAUGCUACCAUUCAUUGGCAUGGAAUCCGGCAAAUGAGAACCGGAUGGGCAGAUGGACCAGAAUUUGUGACCCAAUGCCCCAUCCGGCCCGGAGAUAGUUACACUUACAGGUUCACAGUUCAAGGCCAAGAAGGCACACUGUGGUGGCAUGCUCAUAGCUCCUGGCUCAGAGCCACUGUCUAUGGUGCUCUUAUCAUCCACCCAAAAGAAGGAUCUUCCUAUCCUUUCUCUACACCAAAGCGCGAAACAACACUUAUUCUUGGUGAAUGGUGGAAUGCAAACCCGAUAGACGUUAUAAGGCAGGCCAUCCAGACCGGAGCAGCACCAAAUAAUUCCGAUGCUUAUACCAUCAACAGUCAACCUGGUGAUCUUUACAAUUGCUCCAGCCAAGACACUGUAGUAGUUCCAAUCGACUCUGGAGAGACCAACCUCAUCAGGGUCAUCAAUGCCGCCCUGAACCAGGAACUCUUCCUCACCGUUGCCAACCAUAAGUUGACGGUGGUAGGCGCCGAUGCCUCCUACGUCAAGCCCUUCACCACCAACGUCCUCAUGCUCGGCCCUGGACAGACUACCGAUGUCCUGAUCACCGGAGACCAGCCUCCUUCAAGGUAUUAUAUCGCCGGUAGCCCCUACCAAAGCGCGCAAAACGCACCGUUUGACAACACAACCACCACAGCCAUUCUGGAAUACAAGUCCGCCCCUUGCUCUGCUAAAUGCCAGUCCAUUAAACCAGUUAUGCCUCCAAUUCCGGUUGUCAACGACACCAACACCGCCAUGACCUUCACCCAGAGCUUCCGGAGCCCUCGGAAAGUUGAGGUUCCGACCCAAAUCGACGACAACCUCUUCAUCACGGUGGGUCUUGGGCUCAACAAAUGCCCGCCAAAUUUCCCCUCGAGUCGGUGUCAGGGACCCAACGGCACCCGCUUCACUUCCAGCAUGAACAAUGUCUCCUUCGUUCUACCGUCCAACUUCUCUCUGUUACAAGCUCACCAUCAGAGCAUUCCCGGAGUUUUCACCAAAGACUUCCCUGCAAACCCUCCGGUCCAAUUCGAUUACACUGGAAACGUGAGCCGGUCUCUGUUUCAACCUGUUACAGGUACCAAGGUCUACAAAUUGAAGUUCGGUUCCAGAGUACAGAUUGUUUUACAAGACACAAACAUCGUCACCUCUGAAAACCACCCAAUCCAUCUCCAUGGAUACGAUUUCUACAUCAUCGCAGAGGGUUUCGGAAACUUCGAUCCCAAAAAAGACACUGCUAAGUUCAACCUCGUCGACCCACCUCUACGGAACACCGCCGCCGUGCCCGUGAAUGGGUGGUCGGUCAUUAGAUUCGUCGCCGAUAACCCAGGUGUGUGGUUAAUGCACUGUCACUUGGAUGUUCAUAUCUCCUGGGGUCUGGCCACGGCUUUCUUGGUGGAGAACGGAAUUGGAACUAUGGAGACCAUUGAAGAACCACCACCGGAUUUGCCAGUGUGUUAGGAUCAUCCUCAGAAAUCAGGAGUACCCAUCAUCCAGCUUAAGGGUUAUUCAUUUAUUUUCCAUUCCAUUUUAGCUUCAUAUUUCAUGGUAUAAGCGUUGGAUUAUGUUUCUUCCCUGCAUUUAGGGAGUAGUUCUUGCUCUGUUUCUUUGUUCUUUUGAAGCGGCUUAAUUUGAAGAAAAUAGUAUUGUAAUGGCUAGAUUCGAGACUAAGCACGGAUUUAGCUUUAAACCUGCAGUGUUUCUUGAUUCUAGAUAUGUAAUAUUUCUUUUUCUUAAUGUUAAAGAGUGAAAGUUUUUUUGAAUU